UAGCCGCAGGAGCCUCUAUGGUGAGUGUUGUCUAUAGCUUCCCUGGGAAAGAGUGGACAGUGUUUUGAAGCAAGUUGGAAGGAGAGGAGCAGGUUUGUGGAGCUGGGCACAGAGUGAUGUUACCGAUCCACUCAGGAUGCAGUUAAUGUCAUGAACAAGUUGCUGUUGUGAUGGAGCCAAUUCAGGUUGCUGUUACUUUUGAAGACAUAGCUGUGUAUUUCUCUGCAGAGGAAUGGCUUCUCUUGGAUCCUAGACAGAAGGCCCUGUACAGAGACGUCAUGGUGGCAAAUUACGGGAUGCUAGCCUCUCUGGUCCAAGAGGUGCAGGCAGGAGUAAACACAGAAGAACGGGACCCCAAAGCAGCUGACAAAAUCUGGCAGAGAAUGGAAAAAGAAAAAGGCGUUCCUAUCGUUCCAUUUGGGACCAACCCAGAUGCUCUGGCUGAAAGAACUCAGGUUCAACCCAAUCCAGUUGGCACCUUACAUCAUGAUUGGGGAGAUCAUUUUCUGGAUUUCCUGAUGAUGACGGCAUCCUUUUGCUCAGGACAAACUCCCUCUCUGCCCUUGGAGUAUGAAAGGAGGAAAUUCCAGACCACCUUGAAGGAGGUGGAGAGGUCUUUAGUCCCCAUGUUGGAGCAAGAGUCUUCAGACAAAGUGAGGAUGCAGUUCCUGAUGGAUGCCCUACAGAAAGAUGACUUCCUGGAAAAUGGUGACGAAGGACUGGAGUCCAAGGAGAAUUGUUGGCCAGAGCAAACAAGUGGAACCACCGGCCUCGAUGGUUAUCAGGAAAUACAAGCAGAAGUGGCCAAAAGAUAUCCCUGCUCCUAUUGUGGGGAGUGUUUUGACGAGAGUUCAGACUUGGUAGCUCACGAGAGAGGCCACAUCCGAGAGAAAAUCUACCAGUGCUCGCAUUGCGAGAAACGGUUCUCUCAUCACCCUGACCUCCUGACGCACAAGAAGAAUCACCAAGGCGAGGAUCCCCACCAGUGUGGCCUGGACUGCAGCAAAUGCUUCAAGCAGAAUGCUUUCCCCGCGAGACACCAGAAGACUCCUCCUGGAGAACAAGCGUGCCAGUGUCCAGUCUGUGGGGUGAACUUCACUUGGAAAUCAAACCUUAUUAGGCACCGGAGAACCCACACAGGAGAGAAGCCCUACCGGUGUUCUGAAUGUGGCAGAAGCUAUACCCGAAAAACAGCCCUUGACAGACACAAGAAAAUCCACAUAGGGGAUGUUGGUGAUCCUCCACGCUUGGGGCAAGCUUCAAUAUGGGUUCUCCACUUAUGAAACCUCAGGGAUGAAAAAAAGAUGGUGGUGGUAUGCCAUUGUCUGAUGAUUUUGUUAAAAAGACUUGUGUUCUGUUUCAGAAUAGAUAUGGUCUCAUCAGUUUGAGACAAGGAAAGAAUACAGUACGUAUACAAUGUGGUUCUCAAACUUCCUAAUACCACGGCCACUUAGUACAGGUCCUCAUGUUGUAGUGACCCUCAACCAUAAAAUUAUUUUCGUUGCUACUUCAUAA